AGCAAACUUUGAAUUUCUGAAAUUGUUUGUCCUUUCAUCUAAUUGUUCAUAGAUUUUUUCUUCAGCUGCAAAUCCUGAAAUCGACGUUUCUGAUAGCAUAGUUAGGGUUUUGGUGUACUGCUAGUAGAACUACAGCGUGAUGUAUGCAUGGUACAGACAACUCCAUCCUCCAACAGGAAUAGAAAACUGCUUGCAUUGUAAUUUCACUUCAGAGAAAUACGAGGACUUAGUUGUUUCUGCUGCUUCACAAUUAACUAUUUACAGAUUGAGGAAAAAGUUAGAAAUCGUCACCAAAGAUGAGAAAGAAAAAGUACGUAAAGAUAAAUUGGAGCAAAUUGGAACAUGGCAGCUACAUGGAAAUAUUCAGUCAAUGAAAAAGGUCCGAUUUGCAGGAUGUGCGAAAGAUUCAAUUCUGCUCAGCUUCAAGUAUGCUAAGCUUUCUGUUAUUGAAUUUGAUGAAUCAACAUUUGAAAUUAAAACUUCUUCACUUCAUUAUUUUGAAGAAGAUUUGUCUGAGAACGGUUCUGUGAGCAGAAAUACCAUCCCAAAAAUUUGUACUGAUCCAGAAAAUCGUUGUGCUUGCAUGCAACUGACAAGUACUAAUAUUGCAAUACUUCCAUUCCGAACCCGUGAAACUGCUGUUGUAACUGAUGAUUCUAUUGGACUGUCAAAUGCAGGAACUCGAGGACAUGUUCUAUCCAGUUAUGAGAUAAAUUUGAAGGAAGUUGAUCCUCAGGUUCAGAUUGUGAAGGAUAUGAAAUUUUUGCAUGGAUAUUAUGAACCAACGUUGCUGAUUCUGUUUGAAUCUCUGAGGACAUGGGCAGGUCGAAUCGCUGUUCGUCAAGAUACCUGCAAUAUUAUAGCAAUAUCACUCAAUGUGAGUGAAAAAUUACAUCCAGUUAUCUGGUCACUUGGUUCCCUACCAUAUGAUUGUAAAUAUGUUUAUGCAGUUCCCAAGCCUAUAGGAGGAGUUUUAAUUUUUGCUGUAUCUUCGAUGAUAUAUUUAAAUCAAAGUUGUCCUCCUCAUGGCAUGUCACUCAACUCUCACACAAAGAACUCAACAUCAUUUCCAUUGAAAAUCCAAGAUGGGCUCGCAAUAACGCUUGAUCUUAGCAAAGCUGUAUUUUUGUCACCGGACAGACUUGUUGUAACUUUGAAAGGAGGAGAAUUAUAUGUGAUAUCCCUUGUAGUAGAUAGCAUGAGAAGUGUCCGAAGUUUCCAUAUAGAGAAAGCUGCUGCAAGUGUUUUAACUACUUGUAUAACUCUACUUGAAGAAGGAUAUUUAUUUCUGGGAUCGAGACUUGGUAAUUCUCUGUUACUUCGUUACACUGAAGCAGCAAGGAUGGAAAUAAGUAGAGAAGAGAAGGCCUUGACAAGUGAACCAGCCUCGAAGCGCAAAAGAUUGAAUACAGCUGCAGAUUGGGCAGCGGCUGAUGAUGCAGAUGAUCUAGAAGUUUAUGGACGAGAUAUUAGUACUGCAAGUUCUGGACAACUUUUUUCAUAUACAUUUGAGGUUUGUGAUAGUAUAUUGAACAUUGGACCUUGUGGAUCUUCAGAACUUGGAGAACCUGCAUUGUUGUCCGAGGAAUUUACAUCUCAAAAAGAAUCAGACCUGGAACUUGUUAUCUUAUCUGGAAAAGGUAAAAACGGAGCUUUAUCAGUUGUUCAACGAACUAUGAAGCCACAAGUAGUCACAACGUUUCAACUGCCUGGAUGUAUCGACAUGUGGACGGUGAAAGGUCCCAUUAAAUCAAAAGAUGAGUCCACAGAUAAGGAAAGUAAGGAAGAAUAUCAUGGAUUUUUGGUAUUGAGUAGAGAAGAUUCAACAUUGGUAUUAGAAACAGGACGAGAGAUUAUGGAAGUUGAAGAAAGUGGUUUUUGUACUUCUCAAUCUACUAUUUAUGUUUGCAAUAUGUGUUUACGUGAUGGAAAUAAAGUAUUGCGAAGAUACACAAUACAAGUUUGUUCAAAUGGAAUAUGGCUUGUUGAAGGUUUAAAACAGAUUCAACAUGUCCCACUUGAUAUUGGAUCUCCGAUUGUGAGAUGUUCUGUCAGUGAUCCAUAUGCCCUUGUUUUAACUGAAGAUGGUCAAGUUGUUGUUGUCACAUUGCAACAAGAGGAAGGCGAGAAUACUGGGAAAUUAUAUUGUUCAAAUCCAUCAUUGCCUCAGGUUCCGCAAGUCGAUUCAAUAUAUUUGUAUCGAGAUACAAGUGGAAUGUUCGUUACCAAUGCUGAAGAAUGUGAUCCCAACUCAUCGGUGAUGGACCAAAGUAUGUCAGAAACAAAUCGAUCAUUUGUAUCCAAAGAAAAGUCAACAUCUUCACUCAAGCCAAUGUCUGAACCAGAGCCAAUGAGAAAGACUAUGACUGUUGAUGAAGAAGAUGAAUUACUUUAUGGAAUAUCUGAAUCAAGUAUGUUCUCAGAACAAUCCAGUUUUCAGAUGUCUUCAACUAUGCCGACAACUUCAGAUACUAUGAAUAUGAAAUCUUCAAAACAAGAAAAUGAGAAAGAUGCCACCUAUUGGGCAAUACUCGUACGAGCAAAUAGAAAUCUCGAGAUUUACACUGUUCCAAAUCUAACACUCGUAUAUGUUAUCAAAAGCUUCUCAGUCGGCCAUAAACUUAUUGUUGAUAGUUCUUCAUCUCACUCAUUCUCAACUUCAGAUAGUGAAAAACAAACAGAAUCCAGAUAUGAAGGUAGUCCACCUGUAUGGGAAGUUAUGAUGGUUGGAUUUGGUCAUGAAGCUUCUCAUCCUUAUCUAUUGGCCAGAGUUGGAGACGAAUUACUUAUAUACGAAGCAUUCUCAUAUCGAUCGAAAUCUGAUGCCAAAAAAUUCAAAAGACCAUCGCUACAACUCAGAUUUAGAAAGGUUGACCAUGGUAAAUUAAUGAGAAGAAUGGCAGGUUCCUAUAGUCCUCAGGAUGAAAAAACAGCAAGAAAAGAGGAUUCAGUGUCAAAGUUGCGAUAUUUUUCAAACAUUGGAGGAUAUGCAGGGGUUUUUAUUUGCGGUCCAUAUCCUCACUGGUUGUUGAUGACAGUUCGUGGAGCAUUGCGUUGUCAUCCAAUGAUUGUUGAUGGAAGAGUCACAUGCUUUGUUCCAUUUCAUAAUAUUAAUUGUCCAAGAGGAUUCUUGUAUUUUAAUGGACAGGGUGAGUUGCGGAUAUGUGUGCUACCCACUCAUAUGUUGUAUGAUCAUCCAUGGCCAGUACGAAAAGUUCCUGUCAGAUGCACUCCACAUUUCAUAAAUUAUUCUGUUGAACACAAGAUCUACGCGUUAGUUACCAGCGUCGAUGAACCUUGUACAAGAGUUCCAUUCAUGGGUCCAGAUGGAGAAAGAGAAUAUGAAUCCUUAGAUGAAGGAGACAGAUUUAUUUACCCAACGAUAAGAAAGUUUUCAUUAGAAUUAUUCUCUCCUGUGGAUUGGCAGAUCGUACCCAAUACCAGGGUUGAUCUCGAUGAAUUUGAGCAUGUAACUUGUAUGUGCAUUGUGCCAUUACAAAGUACAAAUUUUCAUUCAUCUCAUCAAAACUACUUAUGUCUUGGUACUGCAAACAUUAUGGGAGAAGAAAUGGGAACAAGGGGCCGAAUUUUGAUCUUUGAAAUAAUCGAAGUUGUACCUGAACCUGGCCAACCUUUGACUAAAAACAAAUUGAAGAAAAUAUAUGCAGAUGAACACAAAGGUCCCGUAACAGCAUUAUGUGGCGUGUCGGGAUAUUUACUUGCAGCAAUCGGACAAAAGAUGUUUGUUUGGAGAUUGGACGACAAUAAUUCUUUAAAAGGUGUUGCUUUUGUUGAUACACAAAUUUACACAAUCAAUGCAUUUAGCUUCAAAGAAUUUGCACUCAUUGCUGACAUACAAAGAAGCAUCACAUUGCUUCGAUAUAAGGACCAAUAUAAAACUUUGUCUGUCGUAAGCCGUGAUGUUCGAACAAUGGAUGUUUAUGCAACUCAACUUAUUAUUGACGGAACUUCACUGGCUUUUCUCGUUUCUGACAGAGAAAAAAACGUUACACUUUUUGUUUAUAAUUCUGAAGCUGUUGAAAGUUCUGGAGGAACACGUUUACUCAGACGAGCCGAUUUUCAUGUUGGUGCUCAUAUAAAUACAAUGUGGAGGGUUUCAACUGUAGCAUCUGAUACCGCCAGUAAUGCACCGAACGAAGUUUACUCCAAAUCUCAAGUAACAAUGUUUGGUACAUUGGAUGGUGCAAUAGGAGAGAUCUUGCCAGUUUCUGAGAAAAUUUACAGGAGAUUACUAAUGCUGCAGAAUGCUAUUGUAUCUGGUAUUCAACACAUUGCGGGUUUAAAUCCAAAAUCAUUCAGAACGGUUGUGAGAGAACAAAAAUCUCUUCAGAAUCCAAUGAGAAAUAUAUUAGAUGGAGAUCUUCUGUGGAAAUUUACUGGUCUAAGUUUUCAUGAAAGACAGGAAUUGGCACGAAAAAUUGGAACUACUGCUGAUCAGAUUCUUGAUGAUCUGAUGGACAUACAUCGGGCUACUUGCGUUAUGUAAUGCCACAACUCACUCAAUCAUAUGCUCUUAGUUUGAAUAUUCUAUUUGAAUAAAAUAAUGUGGAAGCGUUUA